CAGUAGCAGCGGAGGGAGCGGCACACGAUACGCGCCGCGCGGAUCCCCUCCCUUCCCUCCUCUUCUUCCUCCGCCUUCGCCGCCGCCGCCGCCGCCGCCGAUUACUCGCUUCCGCCUCCGCCUCAACCCCGUUCGUCCCCAACCAACCAACCGCAGGUAACUUCCCCUCUGGAUCUUCCACAGUAUGUAUUCGUCGAUUCAUUUCAUUUUCAUCCGGGUUCAUCAGUCCAAUCCAAGCGAAUACUAAGCUCACUUGAAUUCGGUUGGUGCCUCGUCGUCAUUCUGCCACCACUUGAGAGUUCCUUCAUACACACACCACUCGCAGUCUCAGCAGCAGCAGCAGCAGCGCAGUCCGUAGCAAAGCUGCUGUUAUCUUCCUACAUGCGGAUGCAGCCCAGCUAGCUAAGCUAGGUUAGCUGCUGCUGUUGGUCUUGGAGGCAAACUAGUGUAAUAUGUGCCGUACCGCCUGCCUUUCUUCAUCAACCAAACCCCUGCCACCACUCAACCCGGCCAACCUCUUCGAGUCAGGCUGAUGAUGGGAACCGCUCAUCACAACCAAACCGCCGGCUCUGCCCUCGGAGUCGGAGUCGGAGAUGCCAACGACGCCGUGCCUGGGGCUGGGGGUGGGGGCUACAGCGACCCGGAUGGCGGACCAAUCUCCGGUGUGCAGCGGCCACCGCAGGUCUGCUGGGAGCGCUUCAUCCAGAAGAAGACUAUCAAAGUCUUGCUAGUUGAUAGCGAUGACUCCACCAGGCAGGUGGUCAGUGCCCUGCUUCGUCACUGCAUGUAUGAAGUCAUCCCUGCUGAAAAUGGCCAGCAAGCAUGGACAUAUCUAGAAGAUAUGCAAAACAGCAUUGAUCUUGUUUUGACAGAGGUUGUUAUGCCUGGUGUAUCUGGAAUUUCUCUAUUGAGUAGGAUCAUGAACCACAAUAUUUGCAAGAAUAUUCCAGUGAUUAUGAUGUCUUCAAAUGAUGCUAUGGGUACAGUUUUUAAGUGUUUGUCAAAGGGCGCUGUUGACUUCUUAGUCAAGCCCAUACGUAAGAAUGAACUUAAGAACCUAUGGCAGCAUGUGUGGAGACGGUGCCACAGCUCCAGUGGCAGUGGAAGUGAAAGUGGCAUUCAGACACAAAAGUGUGCCAAAUCAAAAAGUGGGGAUGAAUCCAAUAAUAACAAUGGCAGCAAUGACGAUGAUGACGACGAUGGUGUAAUCAUGGGACUUAAUGCAAGAGAUGGCAGUGAUAACGGCAGUGGCACUCAAGCGCAGAGCUCAUGGACAAAGCGCGCUGUUGAGAUUGACAGUCCACAGGCUAUGUCUCCAGAUCAAUUAGCUGAUCCACCUGAUAGCACUUGUGCACAAGUGAUCCACCUGAAGUCAGAUAUAUGCAGCAAUAGAUGGUUACCAUGUACAAGCAACAAAAAUUCCAAGAAACAAAAAGAAACUAAUGAUGACUUCAAGGGGAAGGACUUGGAAAUAGGUUCUCCUAGAAAUUUAAACACAGCUUAUCAAUCCUCUCCGAAUGAGAGAUCCAUCAAACCAACAGAUAGACGGAAUGAAUAUCCACUGCAAAACAAUUCAAAGGAGGCAGCGAUGGAAAAUCUGGAGGAGUCAAGUGUUCGAGCUGCUGACUUAAUUGGUUCGAUGGCCAAAAACAUGGAUGCACAACAGGCAGCAAGAGCCGCAAAUGCCCCUAAUUGCUCCUCCAAAGUGCCAGAAGGGAAAGAUAAGAACCGUGAUAAUAUUAUGCCAUCACUUGAAUUAAGUUUGAAAAGGUCAAGAUCGACUGGGGAUGGUGCAAACGCAAUCCAAGAGGAACAACGGAAUGUUUUGAGACGAUCAGAUCUCUCGGCAUUUACGAGGUACCAUACACCUGUGGCUUCCAAUCAAGGUGGGACAGGAUUCAUGGGAAGCUGUUCGCUGCAUGAUAAUAGCUCAGAGGCUAUGAAAACGGAUUCUGCUUACAACAUGAAGUCAAACUCAGAUGCUGCACCAAUAAAACAAGGUUCUAAUGGUAGUAGCAAUAACAAUGACAUGGGUUCCACUACAAAGAACGUUGUGACAAAGCCUAGUACAAAUAAGGAGAGAGUAAUGUCACCCUCAGCUGUUAAGGCUAAUGGACACACAUCAGCAUUUCAUCCUGCACAGCACUGGACGUCUCCAGCUAAUACAACAGGAAAAGAAAAGACUGAUGAAGUGGCUAACAAUGCAGCAAAGAGGGCUCAGCCUGGUGAAGUACAGAGCAACCUCGUACAACACCCUCGCCCAAUACUUCAUUAUGUUCAUUUCGAUGUGUCACGUGAGAAUGGUGGAUCCGGGGCCCCUCAAUGUGGUUCAUCCAAUGUAUUUGAUCCUCCUGUCGAAGGUCAUGCUGCCAACUAUGGUGUCAAUGGAAGCAACUCAGGCAGUAACAAUGGAAGCAAUGGGCAGAAUGGGAGUACGACUGCUGUAAAUGCUGAACGGCCAAAUAUGGAGAUCGCUAAUGGCACCAUCAACAAAAGUGGACCUGGAGGUGGCAAUGGAAGUGGAAGCGGCAGUGGCAAUGACAUGUAUCUGAAACGCUUCACUCAACGAGAGCAUAGAGUGGCUGCAGUGAUCAAGUUUAGACAGAAAAGGAAAGAGCGCAACUUCGGAAAAAAGGUGCGGUACCAGAGCAGAAAGAGGCUGGCCGAGCAGCGGCCAAGGGUCCGCGGACAGUUCGUGCGGCAAGCUGUGCAAGACCAACAACAGCAGGGUGGUGGGCGCGAAGCGGCAGCGGACAGAUGACCUACCUACCUACCUACGCGAUGGCUUUGGACUCCAAACAGCUAAUUAACAGUUAGUAGACAACAGAUAAUGAUUCUUCUUCCUUGGCCGAUCGAUCAACAACAUCCCAUGCAUCCGGCAUCCCACCACCAUUGAUUCCAUCAUAUUUAGAGUCUGGAAUAAAUAAGGAACUCCUAUCCUAUUUAUCCCCUAUCUAUAUAUGAAGAUAUGAUAAUGGUGAUCUGCGUUACUACUAGUAGAAGAAUAUGGUGUGGCUGACUCCACUUCAGGUGGACCUAUAAUACUACUCCAGUAGUAUGUGCCUGUGGAGUCAAGCUCGAACGUACUACUCCAUAUUUAAGCAUGUCAUGUACUGCUACUAUGAGACGAGAGUGCUCUGCCCUGUAGGGACAGCACUAUUGUCAAUGUCAUGUGUUUGUUGGGUCACUGGUCUUCUUAGAUUUGCGUCCAUGUCUGGCAGCAGCACUCCACUGUAGUUGGCUCACGCAUGUUGUUGAAAUGAGCCACAUGCCUUGCCUUGAGAUAGAACUUGCUGUCACUGUUUCUCCUUAAUCUAAAUAUACUGGAGUGGAGUAUUUUAUUAUCUA